GGGGCGGCAGGCUCGACCAGCAGACCGUGGGCUGGUUCUCAUCCUGACAUGUGAAUGGGCGGGGGGCCUCGCGUGGCACAGGAAACCAGGCUUGCAGUGAUCACAGAGCGCUCCAGUUUAAUGGCUGGCAGGUAGAGGCCUAAGAGAGGCAAUCAAAAUGAACUCGAUUCCGUCGAUGGACAGGCACAUACAGCAGACCAAUGAUCGUCUGCUAUGUAUUAAACAGCACUUACAAAAUCCUGCAAAUUUCCAAACAGCAGCGACAGAGCUGCUGGAUUGGUGUGGUGACCCCCGAGCCUUCCAGCGUCCCUUUGAGCAAAGCCUCAUGGGAUGCCUAACGGUGGUGAGUCGAGUAGCAGCACAGCAAGGCUAUGACUUGGACCUGGGCUACCGACUCCUGGCUGUGUGUGCAGCCAACAGAGACAAGUUCACUCCCAAGUCAGCAGAAACCAACACCUGCAGGAGAUGUCAGACUGACUCAGCCCUGCUAUCGUCCUGGUGUGAGGAGCUGGGACGCCUGCUUCUCCUCCGUCACCAGAAGAACAGACAGAACGAGCCCCCUGGCAAAGUACCCAUGCAGACCCCCAUGAGUUCCAUGAAGCCCACCCUCUCACAUGGUGAUGGGUCCUUUCCUUAUGACUCGGUUCCAUGGCAGCAGAACUCCAACCAGCCCCCUGGCUCUCUCUCCGUGGUAACCACCGUCUGGGGAGUGACCAAUACCUCACAAAGUCAGGUGUUGGGUAAUCCGAUGGCCAACAACAACAACCCCAUGAACCCUGGGGGAAAUCCCAUGGGGUCAGGCAUGUCUGGGAAUAACCCAGGCCUGAACUCCCCCCAGUUCCCUGGUGGCCCCCAGCAGCAGUUUCCCAACAAAGGCAGCUCCAACCAGACCUACAUGCAGCAGGGCAUGUACGGACGGCCCAACUAUCCUGGGGGAGGUGGCUUUGCUGGAAAUUACCCCGGAGGUCCAAACUCUGGUCCUGGUGGUAUGGGCAUGCCUCCCCACUCCCGGCCCCCCUCAGACUUCACCCAACCGGCCGCUGCUGCUGCUGCCGCCGCUGUGGCCGCUGCUGCCGCCACGGCAACGGCCACUGCCACAGCUACAGUGGCUGCUCUUCAGGAAACACAAAACAAGGACAUGAACCAAUACGGACCGAUGAGUUCCUCUUUCCAGAUGGGACCAAACCAGGCAUACAACAACCAGUACAUGAACCAGCCUGGGCCCCGUGGGCCCCCAAAUCUCCCCGGAAAUAUGGGAGCAGGCAUGAACACUUCCAACAUGAGUGGCCCCCCUAUGGGCAUGAACCAGCCCCGGGCCCAAGGCAUGGGGCCCUUCGGGGGGCACGGCCAGAGGAUGCCCCAACAAGGCUACCCAGGACCCCGCCCUCAGGGCAUGGGCAUGCAGGGCAUGAAGAGACCCUAUCCUGGGGAGCCUAACUAUGGUGGGCAGCAAUAUGGACCAAACAGCCAGUUCCCUAACCAGCAGGGGCAGUACCCUGCUCCGAACGCCUCCCGGCCACUCCCCUCCCCCAACUACCCCAGCCAGAGGAUGCCAGCCCAGCAGAUCCAAGGCCAGUACCCCCCUCCAGGUGGUGCCAUGGGCCAGUACUAUAAGCAAGAGCCAUUCAAUGGCCAAAACAACUUUUCUGGGGGUGGAUAUCAAUACAGCCAUGGCAAUAUGAACGGGCCUCCCAGACCAGUGGGUAACUACCCCCACUCCCCAGUGCCAGGCAACCCCACCCCACCCAUGACCCCAGGAAGUAGUAUCCCUCCCUAUUUGUCGCCAAACCAGGACGUCAAACCUCCAUUCCCUCCAGACAUUAAACCAAAUAUCAACGCACUUCCUCCACCUUCAGCCAAUCCAAAUGAGGAGCUGCGUCUGACGUUUCCAGUUAGGGAUGGGGUGGUCCUAGAGCCCUUCAGAUUGGAGCACAACCUAGCCGUCAGUAACCACGUCUUCCAUCUUCGUCCCACCGUACACCAGACCCUAAUGUGGAGGUCUGACCUGGAGCUACAGUUCAAGUGCUACCACCACGAAGACCGACAGAUGAACACCAACUGGCCGGCAUCCGUCCAGGUUAGCGUCAACGCCACACCUCUCACCAUCGAGCGGGGUGACAACAAGACGUCCCACAAGCCCCUGCACCUGAAACACGUGUGCCAGCCAGGAAGGAACACCAUCCAGAUCACUGUCACGGCCUGCUGCUGUUCGCACCUGUUCGUGCUGCAGCUGGUCCACCGGCCAUCAGUGCGCUCCGUCCUGCAGGGUCUGUUGAAGAAGAGGCUGCUGCCAGCAGAGCACUGCAUCACCAAAGUCAAGAGGAACUUCAGCAGUGUAGCGGCAUCCACUGGGAACACUACUCUGAAUGGAGAGGACGGCGUUGAGCAAACAGCCAUCAAGGUCUCCCUAAAAUGUCCAAUCACCUUCCGGCGGAUCCAGCUGCCAGCCAGAGGCCACGACUGCAAACAUGUCCAGUGUUUUGAUUUGGAGUCAUAUUUACAACUGAACUGUGAGAGGGGAACAUGGCGAUGUCCUGUAUGCAAUAAAACAGCGUUGUUGGAAGGUUUGGAAGUGGACCAGUACAUGUGGGGAAUCUUGAAUGCCAUCCAAAACUCGGAGUUUGAAGAGGUCACAAUUGACCCAACGUGUAGUUGGCGACCUGUCGCCAUCAAAUCGGACAUCCACAUCAAGGAGGACCCGGACGGACCUAUGGCCAAAAGGUUCAAGACUAUGAGUCCCAGUCAGAUGAUAAUGCCCAAUGUGAUGGAUAUGAUUGCUCAGCUAGGCCCAGGGCCAUCACCCUACCCUUCUCAACAGGGGGGCAACAACAGCGAAUACGGUAGCCAAGGCAACAAUUACCAUGGGCAUGGGAACUUUGACUUCCCCCAUGGGAACCCUGGUGGUACUUCAAUGCACGACUUCAUGCAUGGCCCCCAGCUGUCCCACCCUCCAGACAUGCCUCCCAGCCUUAUGGCCCAGGACAAGUCUCUCUCCCACAGUAUACCUGACACAAUACCUCAUCCUGCCAGCACUGAUCAGUCCCACAGCUCGUUGCAGCAGAGCUUACACACCCCUCACCCCGGCAGCCAAUCAGGGCAGCAGUUGCAUCACAGCGGGCCUCCUCAGCCAUCGCGUCAGGCUCCGCCUCCACAGCAGCCUGGCCCUAACAGCCAUCCCCACGGCGACCUGACCUUUAACCCCUCCAACAGCUUAGAGGGCCAGGUUGGAGGGCAGGUAGCCCCUGAUAUGCCUGAGCCUUCCUUGGAUCUUCUUCCAGAACUGGCUAACCCUGAUGAGUUGUUGUCCUACUUGGACCCCCCCGAUCUCCCGAGCAAUAGCAAUGACGACCUGCUCUCACUCUUUGAAAACAACUGACAGUCCAGAGACAAAAAACAUGCACACACACUCAUUAAGUACUGGCCGGGCUGCCUGGAGUCUACACACCCCCAACCUGGGACUGAUGCUCAUACUUGACAAACACAAAGAUGCACUCCCUUUCUCUUCUUCCUCUUGUACAGUUUUCAUUCUCAAACUGACUGAACAAGGUUUUAAAACUCAAACACAUGGCAGUGUUGCCUACCUGCUCUUUGCUCCAUGGCGAUUGCUAUGAACUGUGCAGCUAUAUUCUAUUGUUUUUAUAUAUCACACACAGUUUGUGUGCACAUUAGGAAAUUGUUGUAGCAUUUUUUAUUCCAAUUUUAUUUCCUGUUCAGAAAAGAAAUUCAUUGUAUGAAAUGAAUUUGAAAAAAACCCUGUCUCUAGCUAAUUUAUGUCCACAUCGUUUUUCCAAUUUAGGAGCCCCCUCUUUUUAAUCAGUCAUUUAGUAGCUUGCUCUUUUUUCCAGACCGGUUAGUAACACUGUUUCUGUUUCUCUAUGACGCAUUUUUUCAAAGCACAAGGGAUUUCGUCAAUGCAAAAACGAAUACAUCUAAAAAGGGAAGUAAAUUAGCAUCUAAGUCAUGAAAAGAAUGAAUAGACGUCUUUAGGUGAGCAGUCCCCCACCCCCCUCAACCCCCCUAUCAUAGCAAUUUUAUUACAUUUUUUACAGCUUCAAUUUUGUCAUCCAACUUCAGUUUUUGUUUUGUUUGUAAUUUUGGAAAGGAGACACAUCCCCCGCCAUGAGGGAAAAGAGCGGUAUAGGUAGAAUGGGAGCAAUGCAUCGCUGAGGACGAAUGUAAACAAGGGUAUCAACUUUUGGGAAAAAGGUUCUACUCAAACUAACUCACACAGACAUGGCAGUUCUAUCCUAAGAGCCUUUUUGUAUUGUUUGGCUGUUACAUACAGUAUUGUAUGUAGUUUAUAAUACCCUAGUGAGAGCAUCUAAGGAAAAUAAAGGGGUACUGAGAGAACUACUUGUAAUGACCUGCUUAUAGCUAGGACUCACUCCUUGCUGUUUUCUCUGCAUGGGCCCUGUGCUGCUUGUGUUCCCAUUUUUGCAAAGUUGCGUCUCUCUUCCUGUUGAAAAUGUACUGUAGUAUACAAAGUGCAUGUGUGCCAAGCCCUUGUCUAGUGGUAUUCCAAGUAGUAAAGGUAGUGUGUGUUUUUUAUCAGUUGCUUCCAUCCUUCUGUAGUCUGAUUUAUUUAACACUAAAAUGUUGAAGGGAUAAAGCUAAUGUCAGCUGUUCAUAGUAUCGUGCAUUUUCUGGUGAUAUGUUUUAAUUAUGUUUGUUUCUUUUCUUUAUUAUACAUUGCUGCAAAUUUCAACUAUUCAUCAACCAUUGGGAUCUUGCUAAUCAUCACCAAAGUUAAGGGGAAUGGUAGUCUUAGAACCAGAUAAAUCUGCAAGCAAAUUUUUAUUUACUCUGGCAGAAUGGCAAAAUACGCAUUUGCAAAUUGGUCCGACAAUGCCAGACUAGGGGAGUGGAAGAGAUGUGUGAAUGUGGUUAUGUAUGUGAUUGUCCAGGUGAGCUGGCAUGUACGUGUGUGAGUACCUGUUCUUUGAGCUAUUAAAUAAAACAAUUACGAUUCAUCCAUCACUACUGUUAAGUCUGGUUUUUAAAAGCAGUAUUGGAGCUGAUAUUUUACCACAUUUGUUUUCAGUUUCACUAGAAGAGUACUGUUCAGUAUGAAAAUGUAUUUUUUUUAAUGAAAAGCUAUUGUAAAUAUCAGUGUGAAUAUUUUUGUAUCUUAAUAAUGUUUGUUCUUUGUGUUUGAUGAUGUCCAACCUGUCCACGUAUCCCUCCAAACUCCACCAUUGUCAGUCUUCUCUAAAAUGUUUCAUAAGCUAAUAACUGAAAUGGAUGUUUUACCCAAUACGAUUACAAAUAUAUAGUUUAGACAAGUACUUUCUGCCAUUAUCUCCAUGUUUUUAACCCCAAACAUCAUUCUAGAUAAUCAUGCCAUUUUCAGAGUAAAAUCUUUGAUGUCAAAGUCUGAUGUUGCAAUAUUUGUUUUGUGCUCUAUGGUCUAGAUCAAGGAACCAUUGGUAUGUUCUUCAGUUGAUCUCAUGUUGUUAUUUAGAUCAGUAAUUUCAAAAGCUGUGAUUUCAGCUGUCUUUCAAAUGUAAUUAGAAAACCAUGUGAAUAUCAUAUUUGUUGCUAAUUGUCAAUACACAUUUGGUAUUUUAAAGAAAUAUCACAGCCUUAUUUUAAAUAAAUGUCUGAUAUUGUUUAAUAUUUUUUUUUUUUAAUGGAAAAUAUAGCUUUUUUGAAAGCUUUUGACCAUUUAAAUUUUUUAUCCCAUUUAAAUUCGUAUUUCUUUUCUUUUUGUAGUAAAUUAUUUUGUAUUGGUUUUCUUAUUAAAAAGGUUAGAAAUAUAAUUUCUUCUAAGAGUAGCAAUUUAUUGAUUGAUCAUCUUAAAUAUUGUAAGCAUAAUAUUUUCAAACUUCAAUAUGCUUGAGAAUGUUUAGUUUUUCUCUACAAAAGAGGAAUAUUGUUUCCUGUUAUCUGCUUCAGCUUUUUUUAAUACCAACUUUGUAACAGUGAAAUCAAUGGUAUAGUUCCUAACAACUCACAUAUGAUUUACUUUAAUUUUGUAUUUGAAUAGAAACUGUAUAUCAGUACCAUGGAGAUAGCUAACAUUUCACAUUUUGCUCUUAAUUGUACAUGAACCAAUUAUAUGUAUUAGGCAGAACCCCAAAUCUGUAGUUGCACAAUCAUUGUAAAGGAUCAACUUUAUUGGGAGAAAAUAAAAAAAUAAAAUAAAAAUUACAAAUUACAAAAUGAGAAUAAAAAUACAGAUGGGAUGCUUUAUCUGCUUGGAUCUAGUAAGGAUGGAUUGGAUUGACUGAGUGGGUACAUGCCCAUAAGAGGACUGUACAUAUGUAAAUGACUAUAGAGACGUGAACAGAAAUGUAUUCAUUUUCCCUGGGAAUGUGCAUUGUUUCUUCAGAAUAAUAAAAAGCUUGCAAACCCCCUGAUGGAAGUGGCUGAAUUUGGAAA